AUGGAAAUGAAGCAGCUCAAGCUCAUCUACAGUCGCAUCGGGACACUUCUAGAUACGCCGCACCUGGGGUCAUUCGAUCAUUGGACUCAUAUCCCUGAGGCUACCCUCGCAUGGCCGCAACCUGUGAUUGCGACGCGAAGCGGAGCUGGCAAGGCUGGAUCCAACAGAAAAGAAAUGCUUACAGAAAUCAGGACGAAGCUCGCAGGAUACGACGACCUUGUCUUCCGGCUUCGAAAGAAAAACGCAAUGAAGAGGCCAACAAGGGCGAACGAGGACAAAGUGUUUACUCGUGCUUGCAAAAGCGUUACAUUUACGGAGGCCCAAUGGACUUUUCGAAGGGACGACCUCGUUGCUCUUGCAGACGAUGCUGCUGAACAGAGCUGGUUCAAUUUCAUGAUGGCCUAUCCAAAGGAUUUCGCCCCACGACUGUUCAAUGGCAUCUUCCAAUCUCGCGAGCGGCGCAUCAAGACCGGCCCUAAUCCCGACAUCUUCAUCUACUCACCAGUUCGAAUGGACGCCUUCUAUCGCGCAACUCUCACGGUGAUUGGCACCGGCAUCGUCCUUGGGCCCAUUUCCGUUCCGAAGUUGCUCAGUCGGAACCCUAUGCUAACAAUCUAUGCGUCUACACAGGGUUUCUCAAUGUUCUGUGCGGUCUUCACUAAGACUAAGAGAGACCAGGUGUUUGCAGCAACGGGUGGGUACUGUGCCCUACAAGUGAUGGCUAUGUUGCUUGGUCCCCUCAUGAAAUGGAUCUGA